CGUACGCUUGUAUUAUACGAAACUCUCUCUUAUUUACACGUAUAGUGUUCGUUUGAUUUUGUUGGCAUGUUUCAUGGGAGGCGUUGUUGUCAAAUUGACCACCGAGGAGUAUUACAGUGCCAUGAUUGGACGACUCUCGCCGAUAAUUACAUUCGUCAUGUGUUUCGAGUCUAUAGUUAGUGUCUUUACCUAUUUGGCUGUCACAUUUGGUUUGGACAGAACGCGCAAAGAGCAUCUGAAAGCCUGGAAUCGUCUACAGUCUAUUGAUGAUGAAGUGGUGAAAUCCUUUCCCAAUGUCAAUUGGAAUUACCAAAAGAAUUGUCGCAAAUAUACGCGGUUGACGGCUUUUAUCUACUCCUAUUUUUCGAUAAUAGCGUUUGGAUUUGUUUUUAAUUUGGCCAACUGCAGUUGUGGCUAUUUCAGCUCCUUUUUAAUAUCCUUUGCGUAUGCCUGUAUUACGGCCUCCUCGGGAUUGGCAUCUUUUCUAUUUGCCGUACAAAUGGAUAUGCUGCGACUUCGUUUCCGGUUGUUACACAAACUCGUUAAUUUGAAUUUCGUGUCAUGUAGCAACGGCCAACGUAACGACACUCGGCUAUUGAGGAAAUUUAAAAUACUCGAAUACUUCUUUAAAGAGUACAAUGCUUUAAUACAUCGUUUAAACAGAGUUUUUAAUGUUGUCAGCAGUGCAUCCAUGUUCUACGAUUUUGCAAUUUUGACAAAUAUGGGAUUUUUGGUGUGCUCCAAGGCAAUUGAAUCGAAUACCCAUUGGAAGGAAUAUGUUUUUAUUGCAUUUUUUACACUGCCGCGCAUCUACAAAGUAAUUAUAUGCAGCGUUUAUGGUCACAUGGCACAUGCAGAGAUAUUCAACAGUAUUGCCAAUUAUAUUAUUGUUUUGAUACAACUACAGUUUCAGCAGAAUAUGAUACGGAGAACAUUGUAUGGUGCUCCAAGUGGCGAUAUUGAAAUGAUAGAAAUGUAA